UAUAGUGCACUCACCUGGAUGUGGUUGAGAGGAUUUGGUGGAGUGAACAGAUGAUGAAUUGCUGCGGAGUACACAUCUUCAUCUUCUCUCUCUCCCCAAAACACGUUCUUGGAUCACGUUUUGAAAAAGGAUGUUUUCUGAUUAUCUCUUGUCAUGGAUGUUUUUGGAUUCAUUCCGUUUAACAGACCCUGAUUACAUUGCAUACAACUGCUUUUAAACAUCUCUUAUUGAACAACUGAAUGUUUCUUCACAGGCUACCAAUAAGACAGACACUUACGCCACCUACAGUUUUCAAAGAGAAUCUAGAAGUCACAUGACCCGAAUGGAUGGUCAUGCUGUGUCUUUUCCUACUCAUCUACGUCACACUUGCAGUCGGAAGUGACAUCACGCGUGAUUUUUAUGGUGACAUAUUUCGCAUGCGGGACUGUCACAAUGGGUCCAGGUGCGAUAAUGGGGGCGCGCGCCCCGCCUUGGAAGUUGCCGGGCGCCCCUGCUACUGCCAGUGCGCACCAACUCAUCUUACUUACAGAGAGGACAAGCAGCAGUGCGUUAAAGAUAUAAAAGAAUGCUACAUGUCCGUGUUUUACCGCCCCUUCACCGUUGAAGCCAUUCCUCUAGUCUAUCUUCCUACAAGUGGUCAAUUAGUGCAUCCCGAAGCUCAUCUUUCACUUUCUGGUCGUAGGAACUCCGAAGGAGCCUUCCCAUCAUGCAAAGCGGCUGUAUCUCAGUAUCUCACACCAGAGGGAUGGCGUACACUAACCCGUGUAGAUGGAGGAGGACCAGUUUUUGGUUUGUUUACUGAUGGCAAUAAAACAUUUUUACAGUUUUUAGGUAACUCUCAUGAUCGCCGACAGCUUCAGCAACAUCUAGCUAUGGUUCGCCUCUUUUGCAGAAUUCCUGAGUAUUCCCCAUUUGAAACUUGUGUGGCUGUUCGAGUGGGAUGGGUACCUGGAAUUGAUUCUGAUGAUAUGGAAGGAUCUUCGACGAAAACUAAUAUGAUGGUUGUUGGUUUAUCGCUUGGAAUUCUGGGACUGGUUUACGUAUUAGCCGUACUUGUCUAUCUAAAAAUACGUCGCAAGCAGCUUUCUAAAAGAAGACGAAGAAUUGACCAUGAAGGUCAACUCCAAACUGGAGAUGAUCAUCCAGGAAACGCAGGUAGAAUGGAAACAUCAAAAAGGCUCGAUAUGUAUCACACUAUGUCUAUGGGGAAAAGAAAACUAAACCAUGAACCUUGGUCUGAGUUAUCUUCCAUUGUUGAAACAUACAACCGUACUUGGACUGAUAGGAUGGGACAGGGUUGUGAAUUUCGAGCUCAGGAUUUCCAAAUAGAACCAGAGUUUUUUGACCCCGAAUUUCUGGCAUCACCACCUCAAGAAGUUCAGGAAUAUCUCGAACGCCUACAGAGUUCCGUUACGUACGCACGUCACAGACUGCGUAGUUGCUAUCGGUAUCAACCUACUUUGAAUGGUAUACCAGAGGAUGACUAUUUCUAUCAAGAACUGAAAAAUUCGAAAAACAGUGAGAUACGAACAACUCCUGAUGGUGGUUCGUCUUCCUCAAUAGCGUCUCUUUUGGAAAUGUCAGAUAAUUCAGAUGAAAAGAGCCUGAGAGAUCAUCAGAAAGUACCGCCAAAAAAGCCCAAGAGAAAGGAUCCGGGAAAUAAAUCGAACAGUGUAAAACGCAAUAUAAUAUCUGAAGAAGAGGAAAAAGAUAUUCAGAAUGCUAUGAAUACUCUCAACGAUACGCUGGAUGCUUUAGAAUAUGAUAUUUAUAAACAGGAUUUAUUACAGCAAAACAAAAGUACUAAUUUAUUGAGUGCAAGUUGUCCGAAUUCUACGGAAGGUGACACGGAAGAUUUUGAUUCUUCUUCGUGUAGUUCAUUGUCAGCUGUGACAGUUUUAGGAAGGAACCUUACUAAACAGGUAGACAUUAACUCGACAGGAAGCCGGAGUAUAGAGAAGAAUCAAUCAGAAGAAUUCAGUACUUUCAGUAAUUCAACAUUUAGUUUAAACUACGAGGCUGUGCCAGGGUUGUUCAAUCAUCAGAACGAAUCUGAUGAUUCAAAAAGUUGUACUGUGGAAGAAAAUUCGGCAGAGUCAGGGGAACAAUCGGAUACAAAUAGCAGCACUCAAUCGCAAAGCGAUUACAAAUCAUGUGCUUUCUCAGACUCAACCUCAGGUAAUUUUAGGAGAUCAAGCCCAGUUAAAUCGCCAAAAAAGUGCCAAGAAUACUUCGAUCGUGUAGUUCUACCUGAUGGAGAGGAAACUAAUAGCAAAGACGGCAAGGACAAUGGACAUUUGCUCAAAAAAUCCUCAUCAUCAGAGAGUAUGACAACUAUUGCAACGGAUAUGACGUCUGAUUCCUUAGAAUCUCGAGCUUCGUCGCCAAGUCGUCGCCGACGUAGGCGGAAGCCAGUUCCAUCUCACACUCCGAGUUUAGUGGACAUGUGGAUUGGAAGGAUCAUACAAAACUCUGUGCCUCCUUCCAUGUCGAAGAGAAAACCUAAAAAAAUGAUUUUGAGUGAAGACGAAAUUCAAGGCUGGGAACAUAUUUGUCAAAAACAACAAGAAACAUGCCCGGUCCAUGACUUGAAUGACGCGGAACCUAAUUUGAUAGAUAAAUUGGCUCACUACAGCUCAAAAACCAUGGCUGGAAGAGACGUUGCUGGCUACUUCCAGUCAUUAAAACAAGACAUUUUGAAAGAUCAUUUAAAAUCUUGGUUGAGUUCAAAUAACCAAACUAAUAGAAAAGGCAUAUCCGUGAAAUAUAAAACUAAAGAUUCUUGUCCAAAGAAACCGUUGGUUCCAUACACUCCAGAUACAAAAGAUUCGAAUAAAAACGGACUGAGCCCACUAUGGACCACUUUCAAUUCUGUAAAUGGAGAAGGUAAAACAUUACAUGACUCAAUAAACAGUGGGAAUCUCUAUGCAAACUCUUUGGAUUCAAAAUCAGAACUGAUAGACUCUUUAGAUUUGAAUUCAAUUAAAUCCCGCGCAUCUAACGAAGUUCAAGUUGAUAAGGUUACAUGACAAUCUAAAAAGGUGUUUUAAUUUAGGUUUACCAAAUGAGAUUUUAUUAACAGAUCAUUUUACGUUACAUUUCAUUUUCCCAUUGUUGUAAAUAUUUAAAAAUAACACUUAAUAUUAUAAUAAAAUUGUUCAAAUUUG